AUGGCCACUACCCAGGGUACGGACACGCGGGGCCCGAGCGCGACGAAGCCUGGGCCUUCUUUUCUUAGCCGGGCGAAACCCUUUGUUGUUGGAGGUCUUUCCGGGUGUAUUGCGACAUGCUGCAUCCAACCUGUGGAUAUGGUUAAGGUUCGAUUGCAGCUGGUGGGAGAAGGAGGCGCAAAAGGUUCCACCAGUCCAAUUUAUGUUUUCAGAAACGUCCUGAAGAAUGAGGGCGCCCUCGCCUUGUAUAAGGGCCUAGAUGCAGGCAUAAUUCGCCAGCUUACGUAUUCUACAGCCCGUCUUGGGCUAUUCAGGGUUUUCAGCGAUAGGCUGAAGGAAAUGUCGAAAGGUUCAGACCCAACAGCACCUCCUCCCCCUCUCCCUCUUUGGAAGAAGGCGGCAGCGGGCUUGGCUGCUGGUGGCAUUGCUGCAGCUUUUGGAAACCCCGCAGACCUCUCCCUGAUUCGUAUGCAGGCGGAUGCAACUCUUCCACCUGAAUCCCGACGAAACUAUACAGGCGUUUUGAACGCAAUUUCACGAAUUGUCAAGGAAGAAGGCAUAUUAGGCCUUUGGAGGGGCAGCUUCCCAACGGUCCUUCGAGCAAUGUCGCUGAAUAUGGGCAUGUUAGCUACAAAUGACCAGUGCAAGGAGAUGCUUGCUCCGACCCUGGGGAACGGAUGGACAACAACACUUACGGCAAGUGCUAUCUCAGGUUUCUUUGCGGUGACGUUCUCUCUCCCAUUCGACUUUUUGAAAACAAGGCUGCAAAAAAUGCGGCCAGAUCCUCUAACAGGAGAGCUGCCGUACAAAGGCGUGUUUGAUGCUGCUGUGAAAAUCACUCGGACAGAAGGCAUAACUGCAUUCUAUACAGGAUACCCUACAUACUACAUGCGAAUUGCACCCCAUGCAAUGAUUACGCUGAUCAGCAUGGAUUAUCUUGAUAGAGCGCUGAGGAAAUUGUUUUAG